UGAGGACCUUCUCUGAUUACUACAGAUUUCUCCUCCUGAUUUUUGUGAGCGUUACAACAAACCUUCAUCAGUUCUGUUGUGCUGAUCCGACAGAUGGAUUCACACUUAUGCCAUUAACAGACAAUAACAUUAAGCUACAAAAACCGUAUAAUAAGCCUCUCAAUGAUCGUUAUAGCUAUGAUGAUGGUGUCCGCAGAUUGUGGGUUUAUACCAAUGACAAGCCUUUUAAGCAAGGGAGUGGAACCAGGCCAAGAACUGAAGUUCGGAUCAAUGGUUAUGACUACUCAUCUGGAAUUUGGCAAUUUGAAGGCCAUGCUUACGUGCCAAAAGGAACUUCUGGUGUAACAAUUAUGCAAAUCCAUGGGGCACGACAGGGAGCUACAACGCUACAACUACGAAUCUAUGACGGAGAUUUGAAGUACUACAAAUUUGAUGUGAUCGAGAAAAACUUAUACGACAAAUGGUUCAGAGUAAAUGUGAUUCAUAAUGUGGAUGAAGGAGAGUUGACAGUGUUCAUCAAUGGUGUAAAAAAAUACGUAAGGAGUGAUCAAGGACCAGGAGAUUUGUAUUUCAAAUGCGGAGUUUAUGCUGCUCCUGCUGGUUCAAGUAAUUACAUGGAGUCCAGAUGGAAAGGAAUUAAAAUUUACAAGAAAUGAAAUCUAUCUGCAUGGUUGAUAUUUGGAAGAAUCAAGCGUUUGUGUAAAAGUGUCCUGUUGUUUAUCUUAUUAUAUGUCGGUGUUUUUUAACAGAGCCGUGUAAACUUAAACUAAGAUUUAUGUAAAAUCGUGGAUAAUUUCGUGUUAA